GUUUAUAUAGCGUAUAGAGACACUACUCCACCCUUAUCUCGCAUCGUCGAGACUCGCCCAGCCGGCACGACCUCAAAGGCGAAGGUCGGAGCAGUGUUUAUCACCAUCCAUGCCAACCGGCAAACCCACCCGCGAAGAAAUACGCCAAGUUGCGCGUACGACUGCCAGCCUGCUCGAAGGGCAUGGGAUGAGAUGUUGUGUGUUCGGUAGUGCCGCGUGUGCAGCAUUCGGGGCGAAACUAAACAGGGUUCCUCGGGACGUCGACAUGCUCGUUCUCACAACCCGCGAUGCCGAGUACAUCAAGCGCCUCAUCGCAGAUUCGGACAACAACUACACCCUCGUCCGCUCCCGCGCGCCAGGCCAGACGUACAAGAUCCUCUGGCUCAGUCUCCGCGGGAACGGGCGCAGGUGCAAAGUUGACAUCUUGACUCCAGGGACACUCGGCCUCCCACGCGUACCCUCACGAAAUAUCGCGUAUCCGACGCAGGGAAUACCCUGCAUGCCGCUUAUCGCGCUCCUGGGGAUGAAGUUGCGCGGCUGGAAGGAUCAUCGUAAUUCGCAUGAAGUACGGUACCACAGGAAGCAGUGGGACGACGUUGAUGACAUCAAGGAGCUGUUGCAGGUGUGUGUUGAUCAGGGCUUUGUUGCGGACGCGAAUCAGUGGCUUUGGAUGGAUGAGCAGUUCAGAGUUGAUAUGGGCGCCCGUAUGCUCGAGUUCGUGCAGCAGGAGCUGCAGACUAAGGAACUCUGGGAAGAGAUCGGGUUUGAAUUCGAGGUUGAAGAGGGUUCGUGGGACGAGUGAUCGCACUUAGAUCAAAUACCGUGUGGCGUGUGUUAACAUAAACUUUCCAAACCUCUGGUAAAAC